AUGACGUCAAAAAAUUUGGCAGAAGAGAGAGCCAUCAACCCUGCACCGCCGCUACAAAACGCGAUCAGACUCCUGUCCACCACCGCCGCCAGCAGACGCCUGCCCGUCAGCAGACGCCUGCCCGCCACCAGACGCCUGCCCACCACCAAACGCCUGCCCGCCACCGCUGCCACCAGACUCCUGUCCACCACCGCCGCCGCCAAACACAUGCCCGCCACAGCCAACAUAAGAGGCCUGCCACCACUGCCGCCACCAGAUGCCUGCCCUCCACUGCCGCUACCAGACGCCUGCCCACCACCGCCGCCACCAGGCCUGCCGCCACCAGACGCCUGCCCGCCACUGCCGCCACCAGACGCCUGCCCGCCACUGCCCGCCACCAGACGCCUGCCCGCCACCAGACGCCUGCCCGCCACUGCCGCCACCAGACGCCUGCCCGCCACCAGACGCCUGCCCGCCACCAGACGCCUACCACCACUGCCGCCACCAGACGCCUGCCCGCCACCAGACGCCUACCACCACCACUGCCGCCACCAGACUCCUGCCGCCGCCAGACACCUGCCCGCCACCAAAGACACCUGCCCGCCACCAGACACCUGCCCGCCGCCACAAGACGCCUGUCACCACCACCACCGCCACCAAACGCUUGCCCGCCACAGAACCUGCCGCCGCCACAGACGCCUGCCCGCCACAAGACACCUGCCCGCCGCCACAAGACGCCUGUCCACCACCGCCGCCACAAACGCCUGCCCGCCACAAGACGCCUGCCCGCCACAAGACGCCUGCCACCACAAGACACCUGCCAGCCGCCACAAGACGCCUGUCACCACCGCCGCCACAAGACGCCUGUCCCACCACCGCCGCCACAAGACACCUGCCCGCCACCACAAGACGCCUGCCACCACCGCCACCAGACGUCUGCCCGCCACAGACGCCUGCCCGCCGCCACCAGACGCCUGCCCGCCGCCACAGACGCCUGUCCACCACCGCUGCCACCAAACGCCUGCCCGCCACCACAAGACGCCUGUCCACCACCGCCGCCACCAAACGCCUGCCGCCACCACAAGACGCCUGUCCACCACCGCCGCCACAAGACGCCUGUCACCACCGCCGCCACAAACGCCUGCCCGCCACCAGACACCUGCCAACCACAAAUGCCUGUCCACCACCGCCGCCACCAAACGCCUGCCCGCCACCCGGCGCCUGUCACCACCGCCGCCACAAACGCCUGCCGCAAACGCCUGCCCGCCACCAGACACCUGCCAGCCACCAAACGCCUGUCCACCACCGCCGCCACCAAAUGCCGCCACCAGACGCCUGUCAAUACCAGACGCCUGUCCACCACCACCGCCGCCACCAAACGCCUGCUCGCCACCAAACGCCUGUCAGCCACAGGCGCCUGUCCACCACCGCCGCCACCAGACGCCUGCUCGCCACAGACACCUGCCAGCCACCAAACGCCUGCCCGCCACCAGACACCUGCCAGCCACCAAACGCCUGCCGCCACUAGACGCCUGCCACCACCAGACGCCUGCCCGCCACCAGACACCUGCCCGCCACCAAACGCCUGCUCGCCACCGACGCCUGUCCACCACCGCCGCCACCAGACACCUGCCAGCCACAAACGCCUGCCAGCCACCAAACGCCUGCCCGCCACCAGACGCCUGCUCGCCACCAAACGCCUGCCCGCCACCAGACACCUGCCCGCCACCAGACGCCUGCUCGCCACAGACGCCUGCCCGCCACCGAACGCCUGCUCGCCACAAACGCCUGCUCGCCACAGACGCCUGCCGCCACCAGACGCCUGCCGCCACCAGACGCCUGCUCGCCAUCAAACGCCUGCUCGCCACCAGACGCCUGCCCGCCACAGACGCCUGCUCGCCGCAACGCCUGCUCGCCACAGACGCCUGCUCGCCACCAGACGCCUGCCCGCCACCAGACGCCUGCCCGCCACCCAGACGCCUGCCCGCCACAGACGCCUGCUGCAGACACCUGCCCGCCACAGACGCCUGCUCGCCACCAGACGCCUGCCCGCCACCAGACGCCUGCUCGCCCGACGCCUGCCGCCACCAAACGCCUGCUCGCCGCAAACGCCUGCUCGCCACCAGACGCCUGCCAGCACCAAACGCCUGCUCGCCACCAGACGCCUGCCCGCCACCAGACGCCUGCCAGCCACCAAACGCCUGUUCGCCACAGACGCCUGCUCGCCACAAACGCCUGCUCGCCACAAACGCCUGCUCGCCACCACGACGCCUGCCCGCCACCAAACGCCUGCCCGCCACCAAACGCCUGCCAUACCAGACACCUGCCAGCCACCAAACGCCUGCCACACCAGACGCCUGUCCACCACCGCCGCCACCAGACACCUGCAGGCCACCAAACGCCUGCCCACGCCACCAAACGCCUGUCCACCACCGCCGCCACCAGACGUCUGCUCACCAGCCUGCCACCGCUGCUACCAGACCCCUUACCUGCCACCAUCGCCUCCUUCAUUUUAAUUCUAGAUUUCUUAAUUGA